AUGACCCACGUCAGAACGAGCCCACUUCAGUUGCAGAUCAAAGAACAGGUGAGUACUCCUGUUCUCGACCACCCAGCCGUAGCUCACAAUGAAGGAUUGACAAAACAACUAGACCACCAGAAUACCAUCCCUGCAGUGAGACAGAAACGGGGCCCUGGCAGGCCGCCGAGACAUAAGGAGAGCACCACUAGCCCCCCAAAAACGGUACGGUCAAAGAGGGGACGUCCUAAAGGCAAACAGAAUAAGGGGAUGGUCAGCAGACAGAUCCUAAAAGACCAGAAUAGUCUGAAGGCGAUGAAGAAUACGCUGUUGUUUGCGUCUCUGAAAAACAAGAUCUUACCAAGCUCAGAAACACAACAAAAUCACUUUGCAUUUGCCGAUCGACAUCAUUCGAAUCAAUUCACACCAAUGCCGUACCCAGAUGUUCCUUCGUUGCCAGACGGUGUCUUAGCAGAUGUGAGGCAGGUUCACCUACACCCAGAUAUAUUCAAAGAUAUACUGAGGCUGCAGGAGUACAUAGAUCCUAUAGUCUCUCAGCGACCAUACCAAGUAGAUGCAGCUCGGUACGUGAAACAGCAGACUCUGAUGCGUGAUCAAAAGCGACAAGCAGACCUUGCAAAGCAAAAUGCAAAGCAAAAUGCAAAGCAACAGCAGCGCAUAGAACUACUCCACAACAGCAAACGACUAGGUCACAUACCCCAGUCACGCCAGCCAACCAAACAGCGUGCGAUACAUACACCUGGAGUUCGUCCUGAUUUUCAGCGAGGCCGUAUUUCAUCAGCUGGUACGGAUGUUCCCGGCGCGCGAUGUGUGAUUCCAGAUACUGACACUCGUAAGAAAAGGAAAGGGGUAGGGCUACGGACAAAAGCGCAGUGCACUUCACAGGACCGGGAUACAUCGCUUGCGAGGAUACUACCUGCUUCGCAGAUUUAUAGCGCGCCAACGGCCGCCAUAUCAUAUCCGAUUGGUUCGCCAGCGUCGGAUGUGGGUCAGUCACAUAGCCGAUUACUGUCACCGGCAGAAAUGUAUGGUAUGCAUACUGUCAAAUUAAAGGCUCGCAUCCCCAUAUCACAAACACACGGCAGUCAGUCAUAUCCCACCCCAAGCCAAGGAUUGGAGGAGUGCCAGAGUUGGAUAGGUAGUGUGAGUGGAUAUGAUGAUAGCGGCGUGAACCUUGGUUCAUAUCCGGACUAUAUGGAGAUGGAGGAAAAUUGCACGCAACUGAACCCGCUAAGCCACGCAGCCACAGGGCGACAUACGGAUUCACUAGGUGCAGGCUUGGGAGAUCAAGUUCCACUAACGCCAAAAAGGCGAUUCGUGGAUAUUCGAGAAGGACUCUCAUCGACGGAAGAGAACAGAAUAGGACAACCUCGUGUCCAUAUUGAAUUAUUCGCCCCUGGUCGAUCAGAGGUGAAUACAAUCGACAGUCAAAUUACACGUCAAACGUGGAGUAAUCGACGAUCACACCGUGUCCUGUACCAAAAUACAAGCCACAUGAUGGGCCCUCAACACACCGCGAUGAGUACUGCACCCUCUAUCAAAGCCCAUACAAAUCAAUCCGCCCUUCAAUUGUCCCAUUCUGUACCUUUGAGCGGCAGUCGGUUUGCUUUUGGAGAUGAGUGUUCCGAAGCCUCCGACUCUGACUACUCAAGUGAAGAUUCAAGUGACACAGAUCAAGCGGAAUCUGCCGGUGCACCUUCGUAUCCCAAAUCACACGCACACACGCUCAUCGCGCCGCUAUUGCAGCAUCAGCAGUCCGUAGGUGAGUCUCAGGAAAGAGACGAUUUCGAAGAAGCCUGGAGACUACCACAUUAUCACCGGAAAAGGAGGAAGGUCGGUCACUCUGGUAGAGUUGCCGGAGAUCGAGUAGGUGAAACACUGAAAUAUUCACACGCAUCCAACUUGCAGGGAACAAGUGAUUUGUCUCUGUUUCAUCAGAGGGCCUCGGUGGGUGGCCUAGGCAACCCGGGGGCACUUCCACGGAUUCGGAGUCACUCGCACAUACCUACAACAACAGCAAAGGGACACACACCACUAAAGUUGUCGUCAGUUGCGCCUCUGCCUCCAUUGCCACCGUUACCGUUACGCUCUUCCUCACUACCACCCGACACAUUGAGCGCACAGUUUCAUAGUGGGUCUCGGCUGCAACUAUCACCACAAGAUAAUCACCAACGUUUAGUAUCGAAUUCGUGCGUUGGCGGGUCUAGCACGCACGCGGGAUCGAGCACGGAAAACGCAGCACAGAAUAGUACUUCAGAACUGGGCUUAUCAGAGCUGAACCCUUUGACGGUUCAUGCCGCGCCUAUUUCCACGCACACACUAAACGACACUCCAUUUGGGCACAACUAUCAGUCACUGGUGGUCCUUUCCGGUGAUGCAUUCCCAUCGUUGCAGCCAGCUACACACACAGAGUUGCAUCACCUGAGCCCACUUCCCGACUUCUACGGACUCGCACCUCAUGAGCAGUCAACGCUGGAGAGCAUGUCGACCGUAGCAUCUUUAGAACACCCAGUGUCAAAUACACUGGCCUCCAUUGGGGACAUGCAAGAUGGUAUCACGGCUGCUACCACGCUGACGUCGAUGCACUACAAGCCUAUCGCGUCGCAAAGCGGUGAAACAAUAUCCUCAGAAUCAAGCUAG